AUUGUAGUUCUUUAAAUAAAUUCACUUGAAAAAAUUGAUUUUUUUCCUUUUUGUGGAAAACCAUUAGUAUUUCACUUAACAUUACUUUUCAAACAAUUUUUUCAGAAACAAAUUAUAUUUGCAAAUAUCAAAAUUCAGCUAACUAACAAAAAUGGGAGGAAGAGUGAUGGGAUCACCAUGGAAGAACAUGUUAAUGCCUAGUGUAGGAAUGGUUAUUGCAGUUAUAGCCACAGUUACAACCAUGAUUCUUAGCAAAAUAGCCAUGUCUAAAGGACUUAGCAGUUUCAUCAUUGUUGUUUACUCAAAUUUUGUUGCUACUCGUCUCUCAUCCUUCUUCCUUUCUUCCAUCUUCAUCUUUAUAACCAGAUCAGGGCGCCAACCAUUGACCUUCUCGGUGAUUUGGAGAAUCCUUCUACUUGCUUUAAUUGGUGAAAUUGGUGAUAGCAACGAUCGUGAGAGUUGGACGACUAUGGUGGAGAAACUUCUACAGAAUAUGUGAAGAAGAAAGGAAGAAAAAAAUUU